CAAAGGGCGCCCCGCCUCACAAUAACAAGCCAAUAGCCAAUCCCAUUUGAAGGCUUCGAGUUGAGUUUGUCCGGAGAGCUAAGGCGGAUUUGUGCCACGCUGGUUGCUACUAGUUGCUCGCUACCGACUUUCGCCAAUAUGUUUUGUUAAAGGUGGCAAUAUGAAACGGGUUGUUUGAGAUUGCACUACACACUGGAGGUGACGCGCAUAAUGAGCACCCUUCAAAAUCUCAAUCAGCCUGUUGAAUCCACCCAACCGGUACAGCCGAGUAAGAGUGACACCAAGCUUUUACAACUUCAGAGGAUGUUCUGAAAAGCAUGCGGACUGAGGUCUCCAGUCGAUGUAUGAAAUACAAGUUGACUUGCAUGAAGGAUAAUUUCACUAGUUUAAUUUCUUGCACAGAGUGAAGAACUUCUUAGCGUCCGCUAUUUGGAAGACCCCGCAUCCCCCCCUCCCACAUCUCCAGAAGCAUCGUGCAUAGACGGCUGAAUAAUUAACUAUGUUUUACAUGAUUUAACCUCGGAGCCAACCAGCCAUUUCAAAGGAAACCAAAAUCCAUCUCAUGUUAAUGACGAUACUCAAGAUGUCAGUUUCUUGGGCAAUAAGAAACCUUACCCCAAAGGUGGGUCUGAUACUGGUGUAACAAGCGGGUCACUGCACUGACUAUGAUGGACGGAUUUCCGGUGCAGACAUGCAAUGAACCUGAAGAUACUAGUGAUGAAGACCAGGAAGACCUUCCGUAUGAUGGAGACCUUGGCAUGUUGGACACCAGCCUUGUUGCCAACAAUGAGAACUGUGCCCUUUCUGACAAGUCCCCAAGAGUGACCCAUUUUGAAUUCAUUGCUCAAGCUUGCCACACAAAUUCUGUAUUAAAAGACCAGUACACUGUUGAUGGCUUUGCUUCGAGGAUGGUAAGUGGUAAGAUUAAUGAGAUACGAAGCAGUUACACUAGAGAGGCCCACGUCACUGGCCACACCACCAUGGAUCUACAAAUAAACAAAAGUUGCAUUGAGACAUUGGAGUACAAAUCUCAAGAUACAGGUACUGUAGCCAGGACUCACAACAGAGAACCUCCUUCAUAUGUCACGGACCUGCUGCUGAGACAUCUUACUCAGGAGGAGCUGUUUAACUCCAGUAAGUACAUCGAAGCAGAGACCAUGCCUGAGGUCUCCUUCAUUGACAGUGUUGAGGAGACAGUAUUAACCAAGGUCCCCUGUUCCCCAAGACACAGUGAAGAUCACAGUAGUGCUAUGGAGAAUAGUCUAUGGAUACACCGAGAUGGUCAGCUGAAUCGAGGAUGUAAGCAUCCAGUGCUAGAGAGUGUGGAGCUGGAGGAACUAGUGGAUUCCCAGACAAGUAAGCAUGUCUCAGGGAGUGAUGAAUCAGUAGCCCUGGAAGAGCAAUCAGAAAUUUGCUACAGAUCCAGUAAUUCAGAGCUAACAGAUGAUCAUGAAGAAAUCCCAAGGUUAAGUGGCUUCAGAUCAUGCAGCGAAUUCAAAUACGGACAAGGCCAAGUCCACUACCCCCUUCCCGACUUCUCCAAGGUGCCACCCAAAGUGAAAAUCCCGAAGAGCAUCAAUCCUGCGAAGUCCGACAGUAAGUUUCCCAGUGACCCCAGAUUCCAGGCCUCCCCAAGCAUGCUCAGGAAAUCCAGCAAAACGACCACAGUGGUCAUCGGCAAGGUUCUUGAGGAUUCUGUUCAGCCAUCUGUUGAACUACCACACGAGUUUGAUAACCAACUGAAAGAUGGAAGCCAGCCUAAGACAUCAGAGCUUGUGCAGCAUUUACAGGCUGAAUAUGAUAAAUUAUUAACCAGAUAUGCAGAAGCAGAAAAUCUCAUUGAUCAGUUGAGACUUGGUACUACAGGACCAGCAUUGUUAGACUCUACAUUCCCACCGGAAUACAUGGGUUUGCCUGAGAUGGAGACUGCUGGAAAGACCACCAACCACACAGACUCAAAACAAAUCCAGCCUCUCCCUACAGGCAAGAAUUAGAGUAUUGCAUUCAACAGCUUCUAGUGCAAAAAGAAACCUUGCAUUCAUCAUCCAACUCCUCACCCUGGUCAUGGGGCCGGGGGGGUGGAACCUCUCAGCAUAGGGAACAAGGAGGGGACACACACAUGGAUGGGGCACCAGUCAGACACAAAUAUAUGUGCAAAUUACAUACUGUGUGCAAAUUAGAGACUACAGUCAGUCUAAAUGCAUAUCUUUGGACGGUGGGAGAAAACAGUGAGAGAAUAUACAACACCCACACAGAUUGUGGGACUCAAACCCUAAACCAGGGGUGGCCAAUCUUAUCCGCAAAGGGCCGGUGUGUAUACGGGUUUUCAUUGCAACUCCCUAAUUAGAUUACUAAUUAGAGGACUGAUUGGCUGAAGAGACCUACAGGUUAUCCCAAAAACCUGCAUACACACCGGCCCUUUGCAGAUAAGAUUGCCCACCCCUGCCCUAAACCUUGGGGUGUUAGGUAUUAAUACUACUCACCAGGUACGUAUACAGAGGUGGGCCCAAGCUGGCACUAGCUUAAAUCUGAUUGGCCCAUGGAAUGCCCCCUUUCUAUCAGUCACCAAUUAAAAACAUAUCAUUGGCUAAUGAUGAGGUUGCCCCCUCUGAAAGAAUCAUGGCCCCUCUUAUAUCCCCCACCUUAAAAAAUACUAGAGUUGCCCCUGCUAUCCACUGAGCCACAAUGCCACCCCACCUUCUGGCACUUGGAGUACACUAUUCAUUUACUUAUUGUAUUAAUACUCUGUAGGGCAUCCUCAGCACUUGGAUGACCUUCAAGAAUUGGACAGCCGUGUGACGGCAACAGAUAAACAACCCAGUGAAGGAGAAAGAAUGACUAAUGAACUAAAAGAAAUAAUUAGCCAAUUCAUGAAAAAGGUAACAACCAACCCCACGUUGACAAUUUCAGAGUAAAUAUUCCUUAUUUGCUCUGAAGUUAAAUAACAUUCUCCCAUUUUGCCUGUUCUUUAAAGGUAGAAGAAUUUAAAAUUUGUCUCACCAGUUUGCCCACAGGCAUUUCAGAACAGCAGAUGGUAACUAUUUCCGUAACUGAGAUAUUUCACAUUCUAGAAAUUGAAUUACAGUAUUGUAAAAAACAUUCAGGUUAAUAAGUGCACAGUAAUUUUUAUGAUAAAUUCAUUUUCUUAAAAGCUCUGUAUAAUAGUUUAAUUGGACUGUUCCCUUUGUUCAGAUCUUUAAGAGUCUGAUGGACGCCCAGGAUCAGUUAGAGAGACAUUAUAUUGGCAAGAAAGAAGAACAUAGAGCACUGCAGAUGCAAAAUUACAUGGGCGUGGCGAUAAAUGCUGGGGAAUUCGAUCCUGAGAGGUAUCAGCUGUCGUUUCAUGACGGUUCUGCUUGUUUGACAUUGCUUUUUUUUAGGCAAAAAUCUGCCUUGUUUUGUUGGGGACAUAAAGAAAUAACACAAAAAACCAAGCUGUAUACCAUGGC